GGCAGGGCGGCUCCACCGAGGCCCGCCGCCGCCUCCGCCCACCCGGGGCCCGGGCCGAGGGCGCGGCGCUCCCCGACGCCGGGAGCGCGCUGAGUGCCCGGGGGCGCAGGGGGCGGACUCCGGGGACCUGGGACGCUGGCCGAGGCGCGCCGGCCCUCUGACGCCCGGAGCGUGGAAAAAUACAGAGGCGUAUUCCAGAGUUGACUGUUGAUGGCAUGUACAGUUAGAGGGUGCUUGUUGGCACUUAUUUUUAUCAUCAUGUCGCUGUUGGUUAAGGCAAAAAUAGACGUGUGCAAGAGAGGGGACGUGACCGUGACGCCGAACCAUGUAAUUUCACUGGGAUCAGCAGUCAAUAUUUCGUGCUCUUUGAAGCCCAAACAAGACUGCUCGCGAUGUUCCCGCUGCAACAAGUUAAUCCUCUACAAGUUCGACAGAAGAAUCCAUUUUCAGCAGGGUCGCUCCCUCAGUUCUCAAGUCACAGGUCUUCCCCUGGGUACAACUCUGUUUGUCUGCAAACUGGCCUGUGGCAGUAGUGACGAGAUUCGAAUAUGUGGGGCAGAGAUCUCAGUUGGCGUUGUUCCAGAACAGCCUCAAAACUUAUCUUGCGUACAGAAGGGAGAACGUGGGACCGUGACCUGCAUCUGGGACAGAGGCUGGGGCACCCACCUCUAUACGGUGUAUGCUUUACAGUUAAAUGGACCAAAAAACUUAACUUGGCAGAAGCAAUGUAGUGAUCAUGAUUGUGACCGUUUGGACCUGGGGAUCAGCCUGACCCCUGAAUCCCCUGACUUCGGUUACACAGCCAAGGUUACUGCGAUCAACAGUCUUGGGAGUGCUUCUUCGUUUCCAUCCACGUUCACAUGGUUGGACAUAGUGAGGCCUCUUCCUCCGUGGGACAUCAGAAUCAAAUGUGUGAACGCUUCCGUGAGCAGAUGUAUCCUUCAGUGGAGAGACGAGGGGCUGGUGCUGCUCAAUCGACUCCGAUAUCGGGCCAGUAACAGCAGGUCCUGGAACAUGGUUAAUGCUACAAACGCUAGAGGAAGACAUGACUUGCUGGAUCUGAAACCCUUUACAGAAUAUGAAUUUCAGAUUUCCUCUAAGCUGCAUCUUUCUAAAGGUAGCUGGAGCAAUUGGAGUGAACCACUGAGAACACAAACACCGGAAGAAGAGCCUACCGGGAUGUUAGAUGUCUGGUACACGAAACAGCCCAUUGACUACAAUAGACAACGGAUUUCUCUUUUCUGGAAGAAUCUGAGUGUGUCGGAGGCAAGAGGAAAAAUCCUCCACUAUCGGGUGACCUUGCAGGAGGUGGCAGGGCAGGAAGCCACACUACAGAACAUCACAGAACAUACCUCCUGGGCCUGGGUGGUUUCCGGAACUGGGACCUGGACUGCAGCUGUGUCUGCAGAGAACUCAAAAGGCAGCUCCCCGCCCACUCACAUUAACAUAUCGGACCUGUGUGGGGCAGGGCCGUUGGCGCCUCUCCAGGUGUCUCCAGCUGCGGAGGGCACAGACAGCAUCAUGGUGAGCUGGGAGCCUCCGGGUGGAGCCGCCCCUGCUGUCCAGGAGUACGUGGUGGAAUGGGCUGAGCACCAGCCCAGGGGCGGCACACAGGCCCCUCCUCACUGGCUGCGGAGCACCCCCGCCAACGUGUCCGCCCUGAUCGCAGAGAACAUAAAACCCUACACCUGUUAUGAAAUCCGGGUGCACGCGCUGUCAGGGGACAGGGCAAGGUGCAGCUCCACCCGGGGCAACUCUAAGCACAAAGCCCCACUGAGUGGCCCCCACAUCAAUGCCAUCACAGAGGAGAAGGGGAGCAUUUUAAUUUCAUGGGACGAGAUUCCAGCCCAGGAGCAAAUGGGCUGCAUCCUCCAUUACAGGAUAUACUGGAGGGAACGGGACUCCGACUCCCAGCCUCGAUUUUGCGAACUUCCCUAUGGGGUGUCCCCAAAUUCCCAUCCCAUAGACAGCCUGCGGCCCAGAGUGACAUACGUCCUGUGGAUGACAGCUCUGACAGCUGCUGGCGAAAGCCCCCGAGGGAACCAGAGGGAAUUUUGUCAGCAAGGGAGAGCCAGCUGGAGCACGUUUGUGGCACCGAGCAUUUGCAUUGCUGUCAUCACGGUGGGCAUUUUCUCAGUGCGCUACUUCCGGCAAAAGGUGUUUGCUCUCCUGUCUGCCCUCAGAACUCAGUGGUGUAGCAGAGAAAUUCCGGACCCAGCGAAUAGCACUUGGGCCAAGAAAUACCUGCUUGUGGAGGAGAAGACACAGCUGCCCUUGGACAGGAUCCUGACAGACUGGCCCCUUCUUGAAGAACCUGAGCCCCUGGUCAUCAGUGAAGUCCUUCAUCAAGUGACCUCAGUCUUCGGACAUCCCCAUCGCCCCAACUGGCCGGAAAAGGGACGAGGAGUCCAAAGUCACUACACCUCUGAGGAAGACACAGGGUCCAGCGCCUCGAGCCCACCACCUCCAAGGGCUCUCACAGCAGAGACAGGGCAACUAGUGAAUCUGUACAAGGUGCUGGGGGGCAGGAGCCCCGACUCCAAGCCGGGAAACCCAGCCGGCCCCUUGACAGUCCUGCCCGUGGACUACCUUCCCACCGAGGGCUACUUACCCUCCAACAUGGACUAUCUCCCUUCCCAUGAGGCUGCUGUAACUGGCCCCGGGGAGGCACUGGAGCCGCAGCCCAUCGCCCUCUCCAUUUUCCCCUCAAGUCCCCUUCACCCGCUCACCUUCUCCUGUGGUGAAAAGCUGACUCUGGAUCGGUUAAGGAUGGGGUGCGGCUCCCUCAUGCUAUGAGUGGCAAAGCUCGAAGCUUGGAAAGUCAGUGUGCCCCUAGCCAGCACAGCAUACCUGAUCUACCCAGCCCCUUGCUGCAGGGUCAUCACGUCUGGGUGCUGUCAUCGGGCCUGCCUGCAGCUAGAGGGCAGGCAAGCCAGCUCAGGGUGACUUGGGAACUGAGAGUUGGUGGUAACCCAUACUUCAUCCUGCCCUCUCCAGAGCCUUAGAUUACAUCCUCCACCAUGUGGACCCAGAGACUCCAAUCUGGGUUCCGGCAACUGUCUUGGCUAUUUUGGCCAGAAGGGGAAAGGAGAGUGGAAACCAGAACUCUUGCCAGCAACGGCAAACAGCCCACACGACCAUUCAUGCAACAACUAUUCGUAAGGCAGCUACUCCAUACGAGGACUUAUCUAGAUCAGUACUGUCCAAUAGGCCUUUCUGAGAUAAAAAUGUGCUGUUUGUCUGCACUGUACAAGAGUAGACACUAACCACAUUAACUAUUGACCACUUUGCAGUGUGUCUAGUAUGACUGAGGAACUGAAUUUUUAUUGUAAAUUUAAAGUCACCACCGAUACUGGCUACCGUCUUGGGGAGCACAGCUCUAUCACGGACUUCUAGUGAGCAUUAGAGGGAACCUUCAGAACAGAUCAGUUUAGUUCUACAGAUGAGGAUAUAAAAGACCCUGAUGAAGACCAAUAAAAGGGCUCCCAAGACGGUCAUGACCACCCUCAUUUGCGGAAGCCUAAGAAUGUACCUUCUUCCUAAUUUUGCUAGUUUGUUUUGCCUUCAUCCUUUCAGAGAAUCAAGAGCAGCUUGAUGGUGGCAAGCUACUGUAAACCCACCACAGGACCCCAGGCAAGCAGCCUCCCUCUCGGAACUCUGAUGUCUUACCAAGGUGGGGCCCGAGGCUCUCCAACCCCGCUCUCUCCUUUCUGCUGCAGCAGGUGCUGCCUUCAGGACCAGGACUACCUCAGGGUCUAAGACCCACACCACCAAGUUUGCACUCAAAACUUGUCCCCUUCUCGCAAAGGCAUCUGCUUUCCCUCCCCAGAAAGACUGAGCUGGUCCUCAGAGAGCUCAAGCUGAGCCUGGAAGAUACUUCUCUUCUCCCCAGCACACACUUGGAACGUGAUCCACGUUCUACUCCUUUCAAGCUGUGGCCCCUGGCCUGUCACUUUCCUCUUGCCCAUCGCUGCCUCUGUCCCUUCACUAUAGGCACUUCUGCUAAGCUGCCAGGGCAAGAGUCUUGGCUAAGUGCUAAUAGUUCUCUUCCCAAAAGAACAGGAUGAGAGGCCCAAGAAUCUUUUUCUUAAAUCCCUGUCAAGCCUAGGGCCUACCCACUACGGCCAUCCCACCCAAACACUGGAGCUCAGGCGGCUUUGGUUUAUCAGACGUCCCUCAGAGCUCUGAAAACCGAAGCAGUGAACACGUGCUCUGCGUAUUCAUGUUUAACUCUUCAUCCGUGCUUCCUGCCAGUCCAGACAAGUUAGUUCUGCACUUUCUUUGAAAAACUUAAGCUCUUUCCUUCCAUCUCCAUUCUACCCUAUUCAGCAGCUGCACAGCACCCCAACACCACGGUUCUCGGCAGCUCAGCAGCUUCAGCUUUGGCUUGUCUGCACCCAGGAUGUGAUGCCCCCCCAUUAGUUUUCAAUAGGCCAUGACAGACAAGGCCACCUCCUCAGCAGGCCAAUCUAUCACCUCUUGACAAUGGGAGCCAACAUUUUUCUUCCAAAAGUCAUGCCAACACUUGACAUUCUGAGAAAUGUGUUAGGCAAUUUUGUCGUUGUGCGAACAUCAGAGUGCACUUACACAAACCCAGAUGGUACAGCCUGCUACAUACCUAGGCUCUGUGGUACUAAACUUAUGGGACCGCUGUUGUAUAUGGUUUGUCGUUGAGCGCAACACUGAUGUGGCCUCUAUGCAGCACGUGACUGUACCUGUUUCUCCUACUUUGAUUUCCUUGACUACCUGCUAUCCACCUUAAGUCUCUGCUCCCCUCCCUCCUUGGUCCCAAUACCCAACUCCCAGUCUCCCUUUGAUCCCCCAGACCCUUUCCCUUCCUUUAAAGCCCAGGCAAUACUGCAGUCAUUUGUUUUCCUAAAAAAGUAAACAAAACAAAACAAAUAAAAACGUUUAAAGGGAGACUUUCUUGACUCCAAAGGCUCCUUCUAAGAAUGCAAGGCCUUAGUGCCUCCCCUAGUGUGAUGCCCACACCACUUACUUCCUCUACUGGACUAGCAAUAACUUGAAGACAGGAAGCAUGACACUGUUUCCCCAGCACCAUACCUGGCUAUCCAUAGUAGGCUAUCAACAAAAAGCAAAAUGUGUCACCUGUCACCACUUUCAUCUUACUCCUUCUUUUCCAGAGGCCAGUACAGCAGUCUCUGCUUCCUCUUUACAGCUACAAUUGAGUCUGUCUGUUCCUCUUCAUUCCCAGCCCCCAUUCUACCCCACUGUUCACUGACGGCGCCACUGUAAUACACGGGGCGUGUCUUAUUUUAAAUGCCUAUUUGAGCAUGCCUUCGGCUGCUCACUCUGCCAGAUAAGAUGUCCUUUCAUGAUGACAGAGGAUGGCGACCUCGCUCUACCCUUGCCCCAAGUAGUUUUCACAACCCUCCUCCCCCCACACAAAAUCCCAAACCAGGAUGCCUGGUUCCACCAGGGCUAGGUGCAGCUCACCAAUAUUCACACAGCCAGGCUUGCAUUCCUCAGGAAAAUUAGCAAUGAUUUAAAUCCUCACUCCUGAUGGACAUCCUAAAGUCAACCCAGAAAUCUCUGCUCUCUUAAAACAUCAAAUUCCUUGAUCUCUGGGACCUAAACACUACAAAUAGAGUCCAACUGCAUUCUUAAUGGAUUCCUAGUCAUGUCCACCAUUAAUUCUUGUGUAGAGAUCCUUACCUUGAAUUGUUCCUUAAGGGGCCCUCUUUCCCAGAAGCCAGAGAUUCUAUUUCCUGGGCUUUUGUCUUCCUUACAGGCAAUAUGAAAGUCAAACUAGUGUUAUCUAGUUCUUUCCCUUUGCUGCCUUUUCCCCUCCACCCUGUCCCAAUCUCUCUGUUUCCUUUAAUAGCCUACAGGGACAACACCAAUGCCCUGAAGCCAGGGAGAGAGAUCAAGCUAGGCAUUCUCUUCUGGUCAAUGCGCCCUGUCCAGUCCUUGGUUUUUCUCCAUCAAGCUCAUUGUCUUUCACCUGAUGCCUUGUCAUCUGUCCCAGUAUCGCUGCUCAAGCCUUCCAAAGGAGCCCUGUUUUUCUCUUCCUAGCAUGCAGAUGUUCACAUUAGCCACCCUCAUGAAAAGCUGACAGGUGAACCCUCAAGUAAAUCACUCUCUAGAGUAAGAGAUCAGAAAGGUCUCUUCUUCCCCCUAAAAAAAGGUAAGCAAUUCCAUCAAUUGGCUAACUGAUGAUGAAAAGAAACAAGUCAGAUCUUUACAUCACAGCCUAUACUGGAAUAAAUUUCCACUUAAAACUUUGCAGGGGCCAACCCCAUGGCUGAGUGGUUAAGUUUGCGUGCUCCGCUUCGGCAGCCCAAGGUUU